AUGCCGCUGCAGAUCAAAGAUGCCCACAAGAUCGACGAUUCAUCGUUCUCUUACGUCUUUGAGGAGAAUGCCGUGAUUUCGCUGAAAACAGGCCCGGGAGGAGUUAUUCGGUGUAAUGUGUAUCGACCGAAGGCCAACGGCGAGAAGUUUCCGGUUCUGGUCACAUAUGGGCCAUAUGGAAAGGAUAUUCACUACAACGCCUUCCACGAAAAGUCCUUCGCCGAAGUCAAUCCUGAGCAUCACUCUGACCAUUCAGCUUGGGAAACACCAGACCCCGGUUUCUGGACAAAGCAUGGUUACGCUAUUGUUCGAGCGGACGAGCGCGGGCUUGGUCAAUCACCCGGUUUCCUGGACACAAUGUCGCGCGGGACCAGUGAGGCAUUUUGCGACGUCGUCGAAUGGGCCGCUGAGCAACCUUGGUCGUCUGGCAAGGUCGGGCUUCUUGGCAUAAGCUACUACGCUGGAUCGCAAUGGCGAGUGGCAGCUCGACAGCCAAAGGGUCUCGCAGCAAUUAUCCCGUGGGAGGGCAUGAGCGACUACUACCGUGACCGCUGUCGGCACGGGGGCAUAUUCUCGAACAAGUUCAUCAACUUUUGGUGGAACCGCCAAGUUGUGUCGAACCAGUAUGGGCUACCAGGUCGCGCAGCAAGAAACUGGGGCCCGGACACUGUUGACGGCGAGUUAUCGGACGAAGAGCGCGAGCAUAAUCGACAGGAUCAAAAUAUCGACAAUCUGAAGAACAAGUUCAGGGAUGACGAGUAUUACGCGAGCAAGGAGUACGAUAUGAACGACAUUCAGGUACCAUUGCUAUCCGUCGGUAACUGGGGUGGCAUCCUCCUGCACCUGCGCGGAAACGUCGAAGGGUACACGCAAGCAGGAUCAGAGUUCAAGUAUCUCAGGAUGAUUACUGGAAGGCAUGACCUCCCAUUCUAUUACAAGGAAGAAGUGGAGAUCCAGAGGAGCUUCUUAGAUGCGUUUCUCAAAGGUGACGACCGCGUUGGAUGGAGCGUAAAAGGCCGCGUCCCUCCUAUCGACCUUGUCAUCCGCAAAGGCGACGUCGGCUAUAACGAUGCCGAGAAGGAGAAGACAUACAAGCGAAGAAGCGAAUCCGAGUGGCCCAUUGCGCGCACCAGAUACACCAAGUUCUACCUCACGCCAUUGCAAUCCCUCUCACGAAUUCAGCCCGCCAUUGCAGUGCCACAAAAGCUGUCUUACAAGGCUUUGGGAACCUUGGAGACCCAGCAAGUGUUGCAGUUUACCACCCCACCUUUCGAAGAAGAGACGGAGAUUACGGGCCAUAUCGUCGCUCAUCUCAACGUAUCCAUGUCACCGCACGCCGCCGGCCCAACACCCUCCGACAUCGACCUCUUCCUCACCUUGCGCUACAUAUCUCCAACCGGCAACGAAGUGUUCUACACCGGCACGGCAGGUGACCCCGUGCCCCUUACAAAAGGCUGGCUGCGCGUGAGCCUCCGCAAAAUGAACUCCUCACACCCGCGCCACCGCGAGUGGCUCCCUCACCGUGACUACUUCAGCACAGAUGUACAGCCUGUCAUCCCCGGCGAAGUAUAUCCGGUAGAUGUCGAGGUGUGGCCGACGAAUGUGGUCGUGGAGGAGGGGGGUAAGAUAGCGUUUGAGAUUAGCAGUGGGGAUACGCAGGGAAGUGGCAUGUUCUUGCAUGAGCACCCUGAGGAUCGGAGCGAGAAGAAAUUUUCGGGCAUGAAUCAUGUCAGCUUUUCGGAGAAACAUGUCAAUUGGGUCAUGCUACCCAUUAUUCCGCCAAAAUAG